UCAAUUAACAAGAUAGCUCAUGUCAUCAAAAGACAACGAACUUUAGAAAGAGUCAUCCGGCCAAGAUCCAUUGAUGUGGAUCUUAUAAGUGGUCACCUAGGUAUUUAUUACCCAGGUAAAGAAUGUAAAGGUCCCAAAAAGUAUACAUACGUCUCGUCAAUAUCAUCUUUCGAGACGUUUUCUUCGCUUCAUCUUUUUUCGCCUAACGACUCUUACCUGGACCAAACAUCAUGGCGGCCUUACCUCCUUUUGCGCCCUUUCCCGAAGCGCCAUGGAGGGAUCAUAUCGUCCCAGAUGAAUGGGAAGCCUGUUUAACCAACUGGGUUGCCUUAGCAGAGGCUCAUCUGUCUCUGUCCGGAGAUCAAUUUGCCCUUGUAUCCUCCAAGGAUGAAUCGCUCUCGUCUUUCCUCGUCUCUUUCACGAGAGAGACUGCCUCAAAUAAUGCUGUGCUUGGCACUUCACAGUCAGCGCAACUUUUGCUUCGACAAUCCUUUCUUCUUAUGGCUAGGUUCUUGCGAACACCUUCGCCGCCUCCCCCUUUACUUCAGUGGGAGACCCUAUCUGAUUUCUGCCGCUUGUACUCAAAAAAGAGGACAUCCAGUUUGAUCAGUCAGGUCUCUCAGAACCUACAAGUGACCACCUCCCUAAAUGCCUUGAAGAAGUCUCUAAUUGUCUCUCUGGACGCCGGUCUCAAAGGUGACCUAAAUGCCCUAGAGUCUCGCUUGAAGAGACUUAACCACCUUAUCCAUGCAUCUCCCGACAUAGCUGCUUUCUUCCUAGCUGGGAGCGAUUUCUUAGAUGGGCUCAUCAGCUGCUACAAGAUCAUGAACCCCCCUUUGAGAAAGGCUAUAUUGACAACAGCCUACCUAUGUCUUGUUGGACUAACCGAAGGGGAUUCCCCUAAAUUAUCUAUGUUAAUUGACCAACUCUACUCUUUAAAAGCCGCAGCUGAAGGUCACAAAGUUGGACCUUUAAACGUGAAUGACUCUAUGGUAGCCGAAUUGGUCACCAUCACUCCCAUCCUCAAGCAGGUACAACGUCGCUUAGAUGAUUCUGGCUCAAACACAACACGAGGAAAGUCGGUCAUUACUGCGUUGGAAGGCUUCCGAAAACCAGGUGGCAAUAUCAGACCUAAAAAAUUGGUCAAGCGAAAGAUUGACAAAGGGAAGGGGAUCAUGACGGAGGACGAUGAUGUACCUGGAGAGAUGAAGAUGCAUCGUAUGAGCCAGAUCUCGCAGAUACAAGACUUGUUUCCGGAGCUGGGGUCUGGCUUUAUUUCUAAGCUAUUAGACGAAUUCGGAGACGACACCGAACAGGUUGUUGCCCAUCUGCUUGAGGACGAUCUUCCGCCUCACCUGGCUACUGUAGACCGUACUAAGGAGCUGUCUCCCGAGAGAAGCAGGAGGAAAAGUCGUGAUAUUGCUCCCCGGCCAACACCGCCACAAGCUCCUAUACGUCAUAACGUAUUUGACGAUGACGAAUUCGACAAGUUAGAAGUGGAUUUAUCUAACCUCCACUUCGGAAAACGUAACCCAGAAAAAUCAGCUGAUGAUAUCCUAAAUGAUCGAUCCUCCGCUCCAAAUAAGGCCGCUAUUCUCUCCGCGCUUUCUGCGUUCGACGCUGACGAUGACGAAAGGGACGACACAUAUGAUGUCGCGGAUGCCGGGUUGGUAGUAGACGAUGCAAAUGCAGAGGAUAUGAAGGACGCGAAUGAAGAGGCUCUUUUCAGAGCUUACCAGUCGGAUUCGAAGGUUUUUGAUAGAGAUGCGGCAACAAGACGGAGCCAAACCAGAUCCAAGCUAAAGCAGCAGACGGGAAUGACUGAUGAGGCUAUUGAGGGAUGGGCCCUGAUGUUGGCUAGAGCUCCACACCAGAUGAGGCAGUUGGAGGCGAAGUAUAGCGCAUUUAGUGGCGACCAACCUGCGUUGGCCUCGACUGCUUGGCGUGCAAGCCCAGCAGAAUCUGCGGCAGAAGAUUCCGAAUUCGACGGCAAAAGUGGUAAUAAUAGAGGAGGGCCUCGCGGCCGUGGUGGUCAAGGUGGACGUGGACGAGGUAGAGGAGGUGGCCGCGGAAGGGGAGGAAAUGUCUCCGGCCCGUCAGGCGAACCAGAAACCAAGAAUGCUCAAAGACACAAGGAAGCAAACAAGGGAUCUAGGGCCAACCAUAACCGCCGAAACCAACGCGCAAAAAAGAUGGCACGUGGUGGAUUUCCAGGGUGAUCAGAUAUCGUGGUCUAGAGAGAUUCAUUGUCGAAAGAGGA